GAGAAAAUAGAUUGAAUGUAAAGCAUCGAUGAAAGGGUUUAUAAACGAAUGGAUUGUUCAAAUUUUUAAUUAUCAGUGGUCGUUGAAAGCCUUACUUAUCGUUCGGUUUUAAAACUGAACAAUGGUAUCGUUGAAAUUCCCUGCAGUUAUUUGUCUCGUGUAUUUCACCAUUUUCGUGAACGCUGGUAAAAGGCCAACUUGCAAGACUGUCCUUGCAAAGUUGGAUGAGAUGGAAAGGCUAUGUCAAGGUACUUUCAGAAAUGUGUUUUACUUUGCCGAUGUAUCGAACGGUUUAAAUCUCUUGUUUAAACCUUUAAAUAGCGAGCAGCAAUUAACGUACAUGUGAUUUUUAUGAUCAGGUGCCGAGUCUGACACGUUUGAUGGGACGGAUGUCUGGUCAGCCAUUAAGACUUUGGAAAUGAGGUUGGAAACGAAGUUGGAAAAUCUCUACGCACUGGUUGAAAACAUCUCAAUGUCGCUGCAGCCCCCGCCAGCCUCUUCUUGCAAGGAACUGUAUGACAACGGUGUCCGAGUGAAUAAAGCCUACAUGUUGCAGACUGACACUGGAAAGAUCCCUGUGUAUUGUCAUAUGACCAACCAGAGUAUUGGCGCAUGCGGAGGAGGCGGAUGGACACUGGUCAUGAAAACUGAUGGCCAUAAGUCAACCUUCCACUACAAUUCCCCAGUCUGGACCAACAAGAAUGAUUUUAACCGUCCGGGUGGCCACACUGGGUUUGAUUUUCAAGAGACCAAGUUACCGACCUACUGGAACACUCCCUUCUCCAAGAUCUGUCUUGGUAUGAAGAUAGGCACUCAGAUCAAGUUCAUGGCCGUUAACAGGCAUGCCAACUCUCUGUACUCACUGAUCGCUGAUGGAAGAUACCGCGCCACCUCACUGGGUCGUAACACGUGGAAGACGUUGAUUGGUUCACAGGCUUCCUUACAGCGAAAGUGUAACAAGGAAGGCUUCAAUGCUGCAGGUGUUGCUCGGGACUCGGCACGAGCAAGAAUAGGUUUCUUAGGUAACAACGAAAACAAUUGCGUCACUCCUGACUCGAGAAUCGGGUUUGGUACAGGAGGAUAUCGUGAUGACUCCAACACGUGUGGAAACGAGGCUAUAGAUCACUCGAGUUCAGAUAAUGGAGGCAAACACAUCAAAGCCAUGGGUUAUAUUUUGGUGCAGUGAUGAGAACACUGUAUGAUGAAGCCCUAUCAAAGAAUCGUUUGCAUAAAAGCUCCUAUUUUUAGAGAAUAAGUGUACUGUAGACUAAAUAUUAAA